CGUUGAGAAGUACGGGCUGGAGAAGGCCGCCGUAGCCGCCGUUACAGGCCGAAGCGCCCACCUCCAGCGACUUUAGCUGCAUUCGGACAGACAGACGGAUCUGUGGCGGAAGGCGCCACAGCUUGAUGAUGAGAUUGGAGGACUCUAAUGCACCUAACAACGGUGCGGAGUCAGAACCUUGUACCGCCGGGAAAAUGCUGGAGUCAGAAGGAUCUGUUUUGGUUGUUGAACACAAAAAAUGCACUGAAAGGGAGAAAGGAUAUGAGACUCCAGGCAAGCCAGCUGUUUCCGAAGAUCAAAGAGAGAGAGAGAGUAUCGUUCCCAAGUCGAAGGGAGAGAGGGAGAAGGAGUUGAUUACACGAGUCGAUGAUGACGAUCUAUCUACGGACGCUGCUGAGGAAGGGGAGAUCCACUUGGGAGGGAGUCAGCUGCCACAUGGCCACGUGGAGGUGAAGAAGAGAGAAUCGGAGGAGAGAUUGGAUUGUCCAGGGAUUGAGGUCAAGGUUCUUCUCAGCAGCGGCUGUGUCUCAACUUCUGCUGGUGAUCUAGACUCGGGAGGAGAAGAGGGGUGUGCUUCUAAAUGUGACCUUACCUCAUCAUCGUCGCGGGUGAAAAACUCUGCUGACGGCGGAGUUGAGGCUUGUAUGCCGCGAAAUGGAGUUGAUCCUACUGAAGGGUGCAGCGGUGGUAUCCUCCUGAAGGGUAUCAGUGAGCUAGCAGCUUCGCUUUCUCCUCAUCCCUCGUCCAUCGCUGCUGACCUUUCUCCCCCUUCUUCCAUCCCUGCUCCUCCUCCCACAGCGACUUCGUGCGAAUCCAAGGGUAUGCUAGAAUCGAGUCCCUCCUCAUCCCUUAAUAAUACCUCUUCCCUGACGUCGCCAUUGUCGCCGCAAUCCUCCACGCUGGAAUCGGCACCAAGCUCCAUAUCGUCUUCUCAGCAGCAGCAGGCACCGCGGUCAGCGGCUGCUACGCUGCAGACUCCGCGUGCGCUACGGUUAACCAGGUCUGCUCAGCGGGGGGGUCCCAGAAUGUCCACGCGCCCACAGCCCUCUCCUUUACGAUGGUUUCCCAGAGUGAAAGGAGAAUCAUACUUGGAAAGAAAGAUCCGCAUGCUUCAGGAGCAGGAAGCACCGAAAUUGUCCCUUGGCGGUCUGCUUGGUGGAGGCUACAUGCAUUUCACUCGUCUUCAGCGAGAGAAGAAGGCAGCAGCAGAAGCUGCAGCCAAAGCCUCUGAGGCACGAAAAGAUGCUAUGGUGGAAGUCAGUUGGUGUCGAAUCCUCGAAGCUGCUGGGGUAACCUCGGCCGAAGCGGACAAACGAGCAGAUGAAGCAGAGGCACGUGCAAAAGAGGCAGUUGCUGCAGCAGAAGCUCUUGGUCUUGUCGUAGAUGGCCCUUGCAGGAGUUCUUCAGGUACCCUCCUUCCUGGCGUGCGCUUGAAGGAUGUAAUCAUCAGCAGCAUGAUGUCGGCAGUUGAAGUCGAAAGGGAGGUGGUUGUUGCUCUCAAGGCCGUAUUGAUGAAGCAAGGUUUGCUCGGUGCGCCUGAUCUAGAGAGUGCACGUUCGGUAGAGACGCAGGGUGGUGGCUGCAAAGAAGCAGGAAGAGAGCAGCAGGGUAAAGAGCAGAAGGCAAUUUCGUCUCUGCUGGAUGCAUCUAAGGCAAGGCACGUGCGAAAUGCUGCAGAGGAGGGAUGCACCGAUGAGGUUAGCCGUCUUGCACUACAGUUUGCGGCUUUGCCUACAGGAGGAGAGGAUCGUACAGGGAGCAUGAACGUAACUCGUGAACUGGAGGAAGGCUUGGCAAACCUGGCGAUCAACGAGGAACGCCCGCUGUUGGAAAUAGCUACAGAAUCACGUCAGAAAAAGACAGAAAGGGCGUGCUCAGGACGAUUUGGCAUGGAAUCAGAGAGCUUCGUCGUAGAUCCCAUGAGGUCAUUGGCGUGUGACAGUGUCAAUGCAAUGGGAGGGACUUUGGAAUCGAACAAGGAGGGGGUUGAGAAAACAGAGGGGGGGGUGUUGGGUGAAUUCUCUGAGGGGAACUUGAAGAGAGGGGGACAUGAAACGCAAGAAAAUGAAGCAAUUUUGUGCGCUUUGGCAUUGAAAGAGGAGGGGGUCGGUAAAGCAGAGGUGCAGACGUUAAGGUUAUCUUCCAAGGAAGACUCCUUGGAGACAGGGUUGCAUGUGAAUGAGGGAACACUGUGCGAGAAAGAUUUGUCCGGAACCAAAGAUGAUGGUUUUGUUGUAGGUCCGUCAUGCCAGGAGCCAAUUGGCUCUGAUGGAGGGAAGGGUGUUUUAGAGGAAAAACGAGCAAUGGUUGCAGCAGGAGAGGCAGUAAGAGAUUCCAGAAGCUUGAAGGUCGAGGCAGAACUCGACCCAUCAAUGUCUACUGCUGAAUGUGGCGAUCACAGAGUGGACGAAGAGGUUCCGGUAGCCAGUGGACUCUGUACUGGAGGGGGAGAACAACACGAACAGGAAGUCAAGGAGGGGUUUAUGAACAUAGUGGGUAGCGAGGGAGUACGUCCCACUGCUCAAGUUGAUGAAGAUGAGGAGGGUGGUGAAGGUUGUGGUAAACAUACAAAAGAGGCGCCGGCUGCCAGUGAACUGUGUCUCGAAGGAGGAAGAGGACAAUAUGAAGGGGGGUUGAAGGAAGGGUCUAUGAGUAAAGAGGGUAGCGAUGGAGCUCAUCCUGCUUCUCCAGGUGGUGGGGGCAAUGAACAAGAGGGCGGCGAUGGUACUGUGUGGAUGACACCUCCUGUGCGCACGAAGCGUAAGGGACGGCGACAUGCGGGCCGUCGACUGUAUAGGUACCGGGUGCCCAAAUGCUUGUUGGCUUCCCUGGACGAUUUUUACGAGCAGUGUCUGAUCAACUUCCAUGAUGUGGAGGAAGGGGAUGAGGUCUUGUACGUGACGCCAGGAAACGAUAAGUUAAGUAUACGGUUCUCCAAAGACGGUCUCAUAUUGGCAGAUGCAGCCCCUCGAGCUGCAGCGGUCGAGAGUAAUGAAAAGGUAGGGGAUAGUGACGCCCAGGACGACGAUAGCGAGUACGUCUACUUAGAGAGUUUUCCUGGAGAAGGGAUUCUGGCGUUUGGAGAACAGCAGGAGGGUUCUACAUCCGACGGGGAAGAUGAGGGUGAGGAAGAUGACGAAGAGGAUGAUGAAGGGGGUGAGUUGCAGAUGGGUCAAGAUGAAGGUUUGGUAAGGGUUGGUCAUGAUAGUGUGCCUUUGGAAAUGGUGAAACUGAUGACUCUGAGGAUCGCAAAGUUCAAUGCGGAACAGCUGGCUGCCAUUGCCUCUGUGGUGGUAACCCGUGGAGUGGGAGACAUAAUGAAGAUCCUUGAGAUGGGCAACAGUCCACAGAAUGACAACGACGGAGAUGGGUUAACAACAAAUAACAAGAAAGUUGCAGAUGAGAAUGUGGGAAGCAGCCUAGGAGAUAUCUUGGUGAAAAAAGUGUCACGGCUCGAGAUCGAGAAAGCAGAAGCAAUUGCAAAAUCAGUGAAGGAAGGCGAUCAUCAUCGUGCAAAGCCCGGUGCCAAUAGGAGAAGUGCAGAUGCGGAUACCGCGUGUGGAGGUGGGCUGGGAGACAUAUUGGUUAAGAAAAUGUCACGGCUUGAAAUUGAGAAAGCGGAAGCAAUAGCGAAAUCGGCAAUCCAAGGCAAUGGUCAUCGCACAAAGGUGGGGGCAAGCAGGAAGGACCUGUGUGGAAAUGCGCAUUCAGGAGGUGGGUUGGAAAGUAUUUUGGUGAAGAAAAUGUCUCGUUUGGAGAGGGAGAAGGCCGAGGCAGCUGCGAGAGCUGCGGCGCAAGCGGAAGGCCAACCUGGAAGCCUUGGUAGGAAGCAGGAAGGUGUGGGUAGAGGGAAGAAGGUAGAGUGCAUGCCAAGCUUGGACAGCAUGCUAACGAAAAAACACGUUCCCAGGUUCCAGGCUGAGUUAGAGCGCGCGAAGCAGACUGCAAAAUGCUUGCAGCAGGCCGAAGCUAAGAAGGAAGUGGGUAAAGCACCUUUCAGGGCGAGGACUAGCAGACAGACAUGCGAGGAGGGCAGCGGUCUUGGGGAUGUACUUGUAAAACAUGUGUCAAAGCUGCAGAAGGAGAAAAAUGCAGCCGCCCAAAGCCGAGGGAAGAUGACACCUCCAUUACCAAGAAGUUCGACGGCAAGCCCUCUGAGAAAGAAGGUCAGGACUAGUGGUGGGGAUUUUGAUGGCAAGGGCUUGGGGGACAUCCUGCCAAAGCGUAGUGGGAUCAAGGCAAAAAAGGAGGACAAGACAACUACAGAACCUGCAGAUCCUGGGCAGCACCAGCUUGGCGAUGGCGUAAGCCAAGAAUGUGGCGGAGGGGAGAACGGGAGCAGUGCGUGCAUUGAAGGUCCCCAUGACACAAAAGCAGCAGUGCAGCAACCGGCGGAAGGGGUCUUGGCAGAUGAAGAAUCUGGUGGACGGGAGAGGGGUAGCAGCGUGUGCAUUGAAGAUCCCCAUGACACAAAGCCAUCAGUGCAGCAACCGGUGGAAGGGGUCUCGGCAGAUGAAGAACGUGUAUGUAGCGAGUCACCGCAAGAUGCCCCUGUAGAAAAGGAACUGGAGUCGGACAGUAAAGUGGAGCAUUCGGGGCAGAGUGCUGGCACACCAAGCGUAACUGGGAGGACUGUUGGCACCAAGAGUGGACGUAAGGCAUUUCAGCAGUCCGCUGCUAUGGGCUCUCUUUCAGACAUCCUAGUGAGAAGGAAGUCUAGAUUGGAGAUGGAGGUAGAAGCAGCUGCCUUGGCAUCAGCGAAGGAUGCCACAAGGCAGCCAGUUGCUGUGAGGAGUCCUCGAGGAUCUGCGGGCAGCAGGUCUUAUAGAGUGAAAAGCGGCAAAGCGGGCGAUGACGCAGCUGCAGGAAGUGGUCUUGGAGACAUCCUUGUCAAGAGUACGUCAAGAUUGGAAAGGGAAAAACUCGCAUGUGCGGCAGAAGCUCGAAAAUCUGCGGAAAGUGGUUUGGGAGUUGAUAGAUCGCAAAAUGGGGCUGUGAAAGUGGGAGGCGCUGGCCGUUUGGCACGCAAAAGUUUGUCAGAUUCUAAUGAUUACAAUUCCAAGAGCUUGGAUGAAGUUUUGGUGAAGCGGAGGACAAGGCUGGAGGAGGAGAUCUUAGCAGCUUCCUUGGCGAGGGGAACGAGAGAUGAAAAGCGAAAUCAGCGAGGCUCAAGCGGUAGGAAGCAAGUUCCCGUUGAUAACAACUUACCUGGACUGAGCACAUACUUGGUGAAAACACCGACGAAGUUGGAGAGGGAGGUAGAGGCUGUGCGACUUGGAUAUCCUGUCGAUGACACUCAUGCCGUUCAGCAUCAUGGAGAUUGCUCCCCAUCUGAGAACCCCCUGAUGAAGGCUCCCAGCACGCCAACUGAAUCGUGUGUUGUUGACAAGGAUUCCAGUCAUCUGGCAAGUGUCAACACACCUGCUCAUGAAGAGAAGGAGAACAGCUCAGCUGAGAAGCUUGUCACCAACAGCUCGGCGCUUCAGAAAGUUGAUGAAAAAGAGGUGAAUGUGCUUGAUAGAGUGUCUGGGGCUCCUUCCACCAAAGUCAAUGCCAAACCUAGGUUGUCUGUCGGAGAUGGGCAGUCCAGUGUUCAACCACCGUCAAGUGCUACUGGUCCAAGACGGGGAAGAAGAGCGGACUCGGAGGCUGACGUUUGGGGAGGGAUCAGUCUGGACACAAUGAAGAAGCACAAGUCGAGGCUUCAGCGUGAGCAGGAAGCAUGGCGGACUGCUGAAGCACAGAUGCGAGGAAAAUGAAGCGUCAUGCAUUCAAUUGGCAGUGGAUCCUUUGCAUGAUGACGUCUUCGCUAGAACGCCUGGCGCUUCAUCG